ACCUCCCUGUUCCGGCCUGGUCAGUUUCCUUCGGAAGGAGCUGAAAGGAGCAAAGAAGGAAAGGCAGCGGGAAGGCAUCGCUGGCGCAUUCCUGAUCAAUCCCCUCUUUGGGAUAGAGGAGAAAAAGCCACUAUCAAGGCUCUGAAAUGGAGUUGGAGCAACACUCAGGAUCCUCCCCCCUUUACUCCAGAGAGGAAACGGAGCCAUGCAGCCAGCUCAGGGGAGUUGCUCUAACGCUUUGAUCGUUUUGGUUGCCCUUCUCUGAGGUAUUAAACUCACCGGAUCUUAAUUUCCUGGAUACCCAUGUGAUGUCCCUGUAUUUUAAUAUCUGUAAAUAUGCGGCUGGUGACCUUUGAGGAGGUGGCCUUGCAUUUCACCGAGGAAGAAUGGGUCCUGCUAGAUCCAGGCCAGAGAGCUCUUUACGAGGAGAUCAUGGUGGAGAUUCAUGAGAUGAUAUCCUUUCUGGAUGCCUGGGUAUUGACAGCUGAGGGUGGACCAUCAGAAGUAUCAUCUGCCAAAGUUGAGGAGCAGGAAAAGAAACAGAAAUUGAGGAGUCAAGAUGGUGGUGAGAGACAAGAGGGGAGACAAACACCGAAGGUGGGUGAUGAAUCCAGAGUUUCUCACGGUGGUGAAUUUAAAAUUCAGCAGAAAACUUGUCACCCAAAGGAAAUGAGAGUGUCUCCUGAGUGCAGUGAAAUCUUCAGAGUUGGCAACAAGUCAAAUCUUACUGUACAUAAGAGAGUUCACACAGGAGAGAAAGCUUAUGAAUGUCUGGCAUGUUCAAAGAGCUUCAGUCAUCAUCACCACCUUACUUCGCAUCAAAGAUGUCAUACAGGGGUCAAACCUUAUCAAUGCUUGGAAUAUGGAAAGAGCACCUGUGAGGGUACCACCCUUACUAAACAUCAAAGAACUCGGUUCAUUGAUCAGCAUUGUUUCGGUCAGUAUUCCCAUCUUACUUCUCAUCAAAGAACUCAUACAGGCGUCAAAUGUUGUAAAUGUUCGGAGUGUGGAAAGAGCUUCAGUUCCAGUAGCUCCUUUAGAUUGCACCAAAGAACUCAUAUGGGGGUCAAACCUUAUAAAUGUUUGGACUGUAGAAAGAGCUUCAGUCAACGUUGCCAACUUACUUCGCAUCAAAGAACUCAUACAGGGGACAAACCUUAUAAAUGCUUGGAGUGUGGAAAGAGCUUCAGUCAGAGUAGCAGCCUGACUUCGCAUCAAAGAACUCAUACUGGGGACAAACCUUAUAAAUGCUUGGAGUGUGGAAAGAGCUUCAGUGAGAGUAGCCACCUUACAAAACAUCAAAGAACUCAUACUGGGGACAAACCUUAUAAAUGCUUGGAGUGUGGAAAGAGCUUCACACAGCAUUGCCACCUUACUUCACAUCAAAGAACUCAUACUGGGGACAAACCUUAUCAAUGCUUGGAGUGUGGAAAGACCUUCAGUCACAGUAGCUCCUUUAGAUUGCAUCAAAGGACUCAUACAGAGGACAAACCAUUUAAAUGUUUGGAGUGCGGAAAGAGCUUCUCUCAGAGUAGCAACCUUACUAAACAUCAAAGAACUCAUACAGGGGUCAAACCUUAUAAAUGCUUGGAGUGUGGAAAGAGCUUCAGUGAGAAUGGCACUCUUAAUAAGCAUCAAAGAACUCAUACAGGUGUCAAACCUUAUAAAUGCUGGGAAUGUGGAAAGAGCUACAGUUGCAGUAAUUCCCUUACCUCACACCAAAGAACUCAUACAGGGGAAAAACCUUAUAAAUGUUUGGACUGUAGAAAGAGCUUCAGUCAACGUUGCCAACUUACUUCGCAUCAAAGAACUCAUACAGGGGUCGAACCUUAUCAGUGCUUGGAGUGUGGAAAGACCUUCAGUCACAGUAGCUCCUUUAGAUUGCAUCAAAUGACUCAUACAGGGGACAAACCUUAUCAAUGCUCGGAGUGUGGCAAGAGCUUCAGACAGCAUUGCCACCUUACUUCACAUCAAAGAACUCAUACAGGGGUCAAACCUUAUCAAUGCUUGGUGUGUGGAAAGAGCUUCAGUCACAGUAGCUCCUUUAGAAUGCAUCAAAGGACCCAUACAGGGGACAAACCAUAUAAAUGUUUGGAGUGUGAAAAGAGCUUCACUCAGAGUAGCAACCUUACUAAACAUCAAAGAACUCAUACAGGGGUCAAACCUUAUCAAUGCUUGGAGUGUGGAAAGACCUUUAGUGAAAGUAGCUACCUUACUAAACAUCAAAGAACUCAUACAGGGGACAAACCUUAUAAAUGCCUGGAGUGUGGAAAGAGCUUCAGUCAGCGUUGCCACCUUAAUUCGCAUCAAAGAACUCAUACGGGGGACAAACCUUAUAAGUGCUUGGAAUGUGGAAAGAGCUUCAGUCAGAGUAGCAACCUUACUAAACAUGGGAGAACUCAUACAGGGGUUAAACCUUAUGAAUGCUUGCAAUGUGGAAAUUGCUACCGUUGCAGUAGUUCCCUUACCUCACACCAAAGAACUCAUUCAGGGGACAAACCUUAUAAAUGCCUGAAAUGUGGAAAGGACUUCAGUCAGCAUUGCCAUGUUACGUUGCAUCAAAGUACUCAUACAGGGUACCAGCCUUAUAAAAACCUGGAAUGUGGAAGGAGGGUUCAGCACAAUUCUAGGCUAUCUGUGCAUCAAAGAAUGUAUACAAGCAAGAAGCCUUAGAAAUGUCUAGAAUGUGGAAUGAGCUUCAUUCGCAGUAGAACCCUUACUUGGCAUCACAGAUGGUAUUUGUGGGAUAAACCUUAUAUGUUUUUGGACUGUUUAAAUAGCUCUUGUUGGAUUUGUAGCCUUACUUUACAUCAAAGAAUUCACAGGAGGAAACAGCUUGGUUGCCAUUCUUCAUUCAUAAAAGGAUCCUUAAUGGGGAGAAGUCAUAGAAAGCUGACAGAAUGGAAGGGGUUUCUGUCGUAGACACUACCUUAGAUUCUCAUCAAAACUCAGUAUGAGAGAGAGGUAUAAUAGGUAUGCUUACACUUGUUAGAACCAUUUGCCAUUGACUCCUGUGUACACCACAGCUAAUUGUUAGACCAAAAGAUAAUGGAACCAGUUACCUAGGGAGGUAGUGGGCUCUCCGACACUGGAGGCAUUCAAGAGGCAGCUGAACAGCCAUCUGUCGGGAAUGUUUUGAUUUGGAUUCCUGAAUUGAGCAGGGGCUUGGACUUGAUGGCCUUAUAGGCCCCUUCCAACUCUACUAUUCUAUGAUUCUAUGAUAUAGCACAUAGCAAUGGAAGGAAUCAUUAGAAAUUUUUGAACUGUUAGGAAAGCUUCAGUGAAGAUUGUUAAUGAGCUCCAGUUUGGGAGCAGAGAUGUGAGCAUGGUGACGGUGAAGUGAAGUAACGGGGCUAUGGAGUGGAAUGGAAGAAAAGGUUUCGUCAAGAAAUUCUUGCUGAUGACAGAUGUAGGCCUGAAGCUUGCAGGCAGAAAUGUUUUGCUUUCUAGAGUUUUAGAAGCAGAAAUGCUGAGCAAGCUUUAGCCAAACUAAUUUUGAAGAUUUGUCACUCCAUGCGACUAACUGCUGGGUGACCUUUGUGAGUCUCCCUGUACCCUGAUAAGGAUUAGGAUCAUGUCAGCCUCUAAAAGGAUAGGAAACUGCUUCUGCAGGUGUUUGUCCUGUGAUUUAUCAUUUAACAAUAAAGAACUGAAUCUUUAAUAAGAAAAAAUGAGGCGUGAGAAAAGGAGAGAAUGGAAUGCAGAAACGUUGGGGUUUGUAUAGUGGUCAAAAAAAUCCUCAGCUACACCAAGUGCUAGAACUCACUAUAUUUAUUUAUUGAUAGUAUUUGUGCCCUGAAGUUCAGCCAAAAGAGCUCCCAAAGUAGCCUACAUAAAAUCAUUUAAAGUGUGAGAGUGCCUGCACGCAGGGUUACAGUCUGAAGAGAAUUAUGGCAUACAAGGGAGAAGGGAUAGGGAGGGAAGAGGGAAAAAGCAAACUCAGGUACCAAUUCUUAUAUAGUACGACUUGUGAUGUUCUCUCUACUUUCACACAAAAACGUUUUUACUACUGUUUUCCUUAAUUUUAUUUUUGCUUAACUCCUGGUUUUUCUACUAGAUUUUUGCUUGUUCAGGAGCCUUUGAAACCCGUCUUGGGUUUUUCUUUCUCUUUCAGAACAGAGGGGAUUUCUUGCUUUGAACCUAUCCCUUCUUCAGUUUUGGGGGUGUUUGUGGCCAUUCUCUAAAUCAGUCCUUUGAGGCUGGAGGUUUGGGUCAUAAACAAUUGAACCGAUUUUGCUUUCCUGGUGUGUAUAUAUAUAAAUUUCCUGUUUUAAUAUUUUUGCUUAUCCCAAGGUGAGGUUUCUAUUUCACAAUUCCCCCCCCCCAACCUUUUCCCUUCAUCUCUGUUCUUCUGAAUCCUAUCCGUAGAAUCCUACAUUCAAUUGAUUCCUUGGAAUCCCUGUUUGGAUGGGUAGCUAUCAUAUUCUUUCUUUUGUCUUAGUGUUUAGGAUAAAUGCCUAUAUAGUUGUAACAUACCAAAGCUUUCUCUCUUUUGGACUAGUAGAAGGAGGUAAAGGAAAGUAGAGUUGCAUAAUAGUUAAAAUUAUUGCGAACUUUGCAUGCCAUUAUUUUCAUAAUAGUUAAACUGCACAUUCUUCUUAAUAGAGUUUACUUAGCCAUAUUAUCUCUUUCGUUUUCCAGUAAUAUUUAUUUGCCUCUGUUGUUGUUGUUAUGUGCCUUCAAGUCGAUUACGACUUAUGGCGACCUUAUGAAUCAGUGACCUCCAAGAGCAUCUGUCAUGAACCGCCCUGUUCAGAUCUUGUAAGUUCAGGUCUGUGGCUUCCUUUAUGGAAUCAAUCCAUCUCUUGUUUGGCCUUCCUCUUUUUCUACUCCCUUCUGUUUUUCCCAGCAUUAUUGUCUUUUCUAGUGAAUCAUGUCUUCUCAUGAUGUGUCCAAAGUAUGAUAACCUCAGUUUCAUCCUUUUAGCUUCUAGUGACAGUUCUGGUUUAAUUUGUUCUAACACCCAAUUAGUUGUCUUUUUCGCAGUCCAUGGUAUCCGCAAAGCUCUCCUCCAACACCACAUUUCAAAGGAGUUGAUUUUUCUCUUAUCCGCUUUUUUCACUGUCCAACUUUCACAUCCACACAUAGAGAUUGGGAAUACCAUGGUCUGAAUGAUACUGACUUCGGUUCUUCAGUGAUACCUCUUUGCAUUUGAGGACCUUUUCUAGUUCUCUCACAGCUGCCCCCCCCUCCCAGUCCUAGCCUUCUUCUGAUUUCUUGACUAUUGUCUCCAUUUGCAUCUAGUGAUCCUUUUUUCUCCCUUCACCAGGAUUCAGUAAUGUGCGGUGGCUUUUCUUUGAAAUAACAUGCUCCUCUCUUUCAUAGACUGAAAUGCAUUUGUUGGGAUUCUGCUGAUGUAUUUAAAGAAAAUAUUUCCAAACAAAAGGAGUGUAGCUUUUCAGAUCGCCCCUCUGCACUGAUGAAAAGACUCCCAGAGGAAGGAGCUGUUGGGAUAGCCUGUCUCCACAAAAAAUCACGGCAUGUGAUCCUGCUGCUGCCAAGAGCGGAGAAGAUAGGAGCAGGGCCUAGUCGGUGUCAGUCCCACAGCUUUAAGACUUUCUUCCCCAUCUCAGUUUGGAACUUGUGUCCAUUCAGAUGUUGUUGGUCUCCCCACUCCCAUCAGCCCCUGUCCGCAUGGCCAGUCAUCAGGGAUUAUGGCAGGGAUAUUCCUGCAACAUCUGGAGGGCCAGAGGGUCCCAAUCCCUGUUAGAAUGGAUGGAUAUGUACAGGCUUAAUUAACAUGUAAAAAUGUUUUUGUUUUCCAACUUGUAAAAAAAAGUGUUCUGGAUGUUUGAUAGCUCUUUUAAUUUUUGAGGGGGGAGAGGAAACAUCUUGGUAUUUGUUUCUGUUUGUCAUUGAGUCUGGGCUGAUUAUGUUUAAACUGCUUUUUGCUUUUUUUACUGUUUAAAAACAUGUAUAAUAAAUCUCACAACCUAAUCAAAGACAGAAACCAUGACAGUGUAGAAGGUGCAUAAAUUUUCCAGACUGUGUCCUCACUGAGGUCUUAAUGUGUAGGUGGGUCAUUGUUUCUGUGUGUGUGUUUGUGUUCCUUCAUCCACCUAUGAGCGCUUUCAAUGUCAGCCUCCCAAAUCUGUCUCAAUGUUUUCCAUUCACGCAAGUGAGUCGUGCUUGAUGGGAUGAAUUUGUGAUGUGCGUUGUUGUCCCCUGCCCUCAAUUUGUACUUUCCCCACCCUCCAUGUACUUUUUGAUGUGCCAGAUUUGCACAAAAGAGCGUUCAAAAUUUUAAAAACUAUACGUAUUGCUCCAAGGCAAAGAUUCAGGAUCACAUGCACGAAAGGCUGCUACUUCCUUCCCUUUUCCUUUCUUGCUUCCUGUACUUGGAAAGCGCAAGUUUUAUUUUUCAUACAACUGUUUGUGUAGGAGCAGUUGUCUGCAAAACAUUUUUUAAAAAAUUACUGUAAACAUUCCUUCAGCAACAACUGGUGGAAAAAGGUUAGGCCAGCGCCCUCAGAAUUAAAUUCAGGUCCCAAGUGGGAACCCUGUGAGCUGGGGGAGGACUGGUUUAGGAGACAGCUCUGAGAAACCUUUGGAUGUGAGGGUGCCCCUUGAGGAGAGGUGCCUCUGUUGGGUCUCAAGCCUAACCCUCAACCCACCUGGAGGAAGUCUAGCAUUACUGUGACUCCUUCAUUCUCUGGGUUCCUCUGGGUAAGCUGCCACCAUCUUAGGAAUGCGUGCCACAUCUGGUCAUAAGUUCUGUUGGUAGACUACGUCCUGGAGUCCAAUAAGAUAUCUACCCCCCCCCCCGAGCAGCCCUGACUGAUCCAGAGGUUUCGCUCAACCUCCAGGCAGCUAGAAGUGUUAGAAAUGCUUUUAAAUAUAUAUAUUUAACAAUAGGUUUUCAACCCUUUUGAAAAGAUGUUUUUAAAAAUAUUUUUAACGUCGUUUUGUUUUAAUGUAUUUUGAGGCCUGUUUUUACGAUGCUUUAAAGUGUUUGUAGCAUUUUUGUCUGCCG